CCCGCAUGCCCCUCCGGAAAACUGAAGCGUCUCCUCUGACCCCCAAGGUCAGAAAGAUUUAUUACUUCCUUCGAGAAGGAGCAGCCACAGACCCGCUAGAGAGGGCUGGCAGGGUGUCGGAAGCCAGAGAACGGCGCUCCGCGUUCUCCCACUGCUCCAGGGCUCGGGGGUGUCCUCAGUGUCCGUAGAGGCUGGCAGUGUCGGCCCUGAGGGAAGCAAGGGGCGGACGGCCGACGGGAUUUCUGCCCAAACUUUAUCACCAACUCUUUCUGAGAGCAAAAACAUGAGGCCGAGUCCGACAGCUGCACGCAGAAUUCAAGCCUCUGGCAGCUCUGGGCACCGACGCGCUCCGAAUCCCGCGUUCGCAUCCCAGCGCUUUGCGCGCAGAGAGCUACGCCUUCGGACCGGUGGACUGCAGCCCCAGCGCAUCGCGGUAAAGCGGGUCACAUUUCCACCCCCAAGGCGGCGGCUGUGGGAGCUGGCGCGGCGUUGGGGGCGGGGGCGGGGCCGGCGAAGGGGGUGGGCCGCGCGGCGGAGGGGAGGAGCCGCGGCGACAGACGGCGGCGCGCACCAACCGGGCGCCGGCUGGCAGGAGCCGCGCAGAGGCUGGCCCGAGCGUGUUGCGGUCGCCCGGCGUAAGGGGAGUCGGGUAGCAGCAUCCUCCCGGGCGCCGCUUUCGCGCGGCGGCGGCGGCGGGGUCUUUCUUUGCUUAGAGAUCUCGUUGGCUAGAACCGGCUGGUACCGGGGACGGGUUGGGUCGGGCAGUGCUGCCCACCUGGGUUUUCUUGCCUAGCGCUGUGUUCAGGGUCCUUUGGGCCAGUCGGAGGCUGCGGAGCGGCGGGGGUUGCCUGCGCUGCCCGCCCGGGCAUUCUCCCGGUGAUGGAAGCAGCCGCCGCCGCCGCUGUGGGGUCGCGCUGUGCCCCAUCCACCGCUGCCAGAGAGGUGGGAAAAUUCGCCGCACGGAGGCCGAAAGCGAGAGGGGCUGCGCCGCUAUGCCGGGAGCUGAGUCCCAUAUAAGCAGCCCCCAGCCAUCGCCCCCAGCCGGCUUCAUUCCCCUGAGCAAGGCAGGAAGCUGCGGUCCCGAGAGAGCAGAGGAGACGUCGCUGGAGCCGGGACGCUCCGGGUUCGCUGGAGCGCUGAGCGGGGCUCCGAGCCGGGUGAAAGUUUUUCUUCCCGAGCCGCAGGGCGCCCGCUGCCCGGAAACUCUGCCCAGGGAUAAGUCGGCCGACUCCUCCGUCCCCUCGAAGGUGCGGGGACCCCCAGCGGAAGCGAGAGGGAGCGAAAUCGAGGAAAGAGUGACAUCUGGACAGUCCGCCGGGCGGUGAUCCGGGGCCGCUCCCGGACGCGCCCUCGGCUGCAGGUCCUUCCCGGAGCCGCUGCCAUGGGAGAGCCAGCCUUGGGCGCUGGGGACCAGCUGCCGCACCCGCCUCGGAGUCGCGGCCCGAGUCCCGGCGCCAGCAGCCAGCCCGCUGUGUUGCACCCUUCCCGGGCUGCAGGGCUGCCUCCGCCGCGCCGCCGGCCCGGAUUGUGCCUGUGAUGAGCCGCAGCCCGCCGCGAGCUCUGCCCCCGGGCGCGCUCCCUCGGCUGCUCCACGCUGCGCCUGCAGCCGCGCCGCGUGCCCUGCUCCCGCAGUGGCCCCGGCGCCCAGGACGCCGCUGGCCCGCGUCCCCUCUCGGAAUGAAGGUGUUCCGUAGGAAGGCGCUGGUGUUGUGCGCGGGCUAUGCACUGCUGCUGGUGCUCACCAUGCUCAACCUCCUGGACUACAAGUGGCACAAGGAACCGCUGCAGCAGUGCAACCCCGACGGGCCGCUGGGUGCCGCAGCAGGGGCAGCUGGAGGCAGCUGGGGGCGCCCGGGGCCUCCUCCGGCCGCGCCGCCCCGUGCUCAUGCCCGUUUGGACCUCCACACUCCUUACCGCCCUCCUGCUGCCGCCGUCGGGGCGGCUCCUGCAGCCGCGGCAGGGAUGGCGAGGUUUGUGGCCCCUCCAGGCAAUGGCACUCGGGGCACCGGGAGCGUCGGGGACAAGCGGCAGCUGGUGUACGUGUUCACCACGUGGCGCUCUGGCUCGUCGUUCUUCGGCGAGCUAUUCAAUCAGAAUCCCGAGGUGUUCUUUCUCUACGAACCAGUGUGGCAUGUAUGGCAAAAACUGUAUCCGGGGGACGCCGUUUCCCUGCAGGGGGCAGCGCGGGACAUGCUGAGCGCUCUGUACCGCUGCGACCUCUCUGUCUUCCAACUGUAUAGCCCCGCGGGCAGCGGGGGGCGCAAUCUCACCACGCUGGGCAUCUUCGGUGCAGCCACCAACAAGGUGGUGUGCUCCUCACCACUCUGCCCCGCCUACCGCAAGGAGGUUGUGGGGUUGGUGGACGACCGCGUGUGCAAGAAGUGCCCGCCGCAGCGCCUGGCGCGUUUCGAGGAGGAGUGCCGCAAGUACCGCACACUAGUCAUAAAGGGUGUGCGCGUCUUCGACGUGGCGGUGUUGGCGCCACUGCUGCGAGACCCGGCCUUGGACCUCAAGGUCAUCCACCUGGUGCGUGAUCCCCGCGCAGUGGCGAGCUCACGGAUCCGCUCGCGCCAUGGCCUCAUCCGUGAGAGCCUACAGGUGGUGCGCAGCCGAGACCCGCGAGCUCACCGCAUGCCCUUCCUGGAGGCGGCGGGCCACAAACUUGGCGCCAAGAAGGAGGGCGUGGGAGGCCCCGCGGACUACCACGCUCUGGGCGCUAUGGAGGUCAUCUGCAAUAGUAUGGCUAAGACGCUGCAGACGGCCCUCCAGCCCCCUGACUGGCUGCAGGGCCACUACCUGGUGGUGCGGUACGAGGACCUGGUGGGAGACCCCGUCAAGACACUACGGAGAGUGUACGAUUUUGUGGGACUGUUGGUGAGCCCUGAAAUGGAGCAGUUUGCCCUGAACAUGACCAGUGGCUCGGGCUCCUCCUCCAAACCUUUCGUGGUAUCUGCACGCAAUGCCACGCAGGCCGCCAAUGCCUGGCGGACCGCCCUCACCUUCCAGCAGAUAAAACAGGUGGAGGAGUUUUGCUACCAGCCCAUGGCCGUCCUGGGCUAUGAGCGGGUCAACAGUCCUGAAGAGGUCAAAGACCUCAGCAAGACCCUGCUUCGGAAGCCCCGUCUCUGAAAGGGGUUCCCAGGAGACCUGAUACCCUGUGAUAAUACCUAUAAAGAGGAUUGUAGUGUGUUUAAACAAACACAGUCCAGACUCAAACGGAGGAAGCCCACAUAUUCUAUUAUAGAUGUAUAAAUAAUCACACAGACACUUGCUGUCAGUGUUUUGAGUCAGUGCAUUUCAAGGAACAGCCACAAAAUACACACAUACACCCCUCAGAAAAGGCAAGACUUGAACGUUCUGUCCAGGUGCCCCUCUUCUCCUCUCCUUUGCCUUCUCUUGUCCUCGUUCUCCUAUUUCUUACCCUGUCCUCCACCUGCCUUCCAUUUUGAAGUGGGAUGUUCAUGAAAUCAAGUCCCAGUAACCCAAAUCUUGUUUACAAAAUUUUCGUGGUAUCUGUGAACAUGUAAGAGUAAUUUGGAUGUGGGGGUGGGGGUGGAGAAAGGGGAAGUGGUCCAGAAAGAAAAAGCCCCAUUGGGCAUGAUAAGCCGAGGAGGCAUUCUUCUAAAGUCGACUUUUGUGUAAAAAGCAAAGGUUACAUGUGAGUAUUAAUAAAGAAAAUAAUAAAUAAUAUUCUUUUU